AUGGCUGUGAGUCUUCAGCAAGCCCCCCAAGACGAUGAGAACUGGCGGCAAGGUCGCCUUUGGAAUCGGCCAGUCGACCUGCCCGAAGAAGAUGCGAGUUUCCACCUCUGCGCAAGGCAUCGAGCUAUGAAAUUGAUGAGGUCGGACUUCUUCGACUGGCCAAAGGACAAAGAACUACCACCCGAUACACAUUUUGGACUGCUUGCUGAGGUCAUGGAGCGAAGCAAAUGGUGUGUCUUCUGCAGGCUUAUUGCACAAUCUGUAUCGCACACGAGUUAUGCCGACAAGGCAGAAGUUCUGGGUUGCUGGAUAGCCGAUGGGGUUCGAGAGGGACAUGAUACUGUUUCCCUGAGACUAAGGAUUCUGCCAGAAUUGGUAAGGCUUGAAGAUGCAUUUGCCCCAUUCGACGUGAUCCCUUUGGGUAGAGCUGGAUCGAAAGCCGAGUUGUUUUCAGGACGCAAAAUGCAGGCUGGCCAGAUCAACCUGAGUCUACUUCCUUCAUGGUACUGGACAUGUCAAAUUGAGCAUUCAUUUGACUGUGCUGCCAACACGAAUGUAGUGAGACCCGCUGGGACGGACUGGUGCUUCUCCCCGUAUAUACGGCUUCUCGAUCUGAAAGAGCGCUGCUUGGUUGAGUUGGUAGUGCCGAGAUCAUAUGUGGCACUCAGCUAUGUUUGGGGAGCCCAAUGCGUGUUUAAAACUCUUACUACUAACAUCCUCAAACUUAAACGCCCAGGAGAGCUGUUGCGUCAUCAUCACCUCUUCCCAAAAUCCAUACAAGACGCAUUGCUACUAACAAAUAUAUUAAAGCACCGUUACAUUUGGAUCGAUUCACUUUGUAUCAUCCAGGACAGUGAAACCGACAAAGCGAAACAACUUGCUGCUAUGGACCAGAUAUACUCGAGGGCAGCGCUGACAAUUGUAGCAGCCGGUGGCGACAGCGCCAAUGCGGGUCUUCCAGGACUUCACCCAGGCUCUCGACAUAUAACUCAGAACAUAGCGGAGUAUUCGCCCGAGCUGAUACUGAUGUCUUUGCAGCCCGACUGCCAGGUGGCACUGGAGACCACGACGUGGAACUCCAGGGGGUGGACCUACCAGGAGCGUCUACUCUCACGGCGUUACUUGUUCUUCGUAAACGAUACGGUGUACUUUCAAUGUUCUAGGGCGACAUGGGGCGAAGACUACUUUGCUGAAAAGGGUGACGUGGUGCGUUCCGCACCGAUGAUGGAUGUCAUACUCAGUCGAAGCUGGCAGCCACCUAAGAUGAUCAGGCGCAUCAGAUAUAGUCUGUCCAUUGGUGCAGGAUUUGGCAUGACGGCGCUCGAAUACCUGAAAAAAGCGCUUUUUCCUAUCUACUGCAGAGUGAUCACAGAGUACACAGCGCGGGACAUGUCGUAUGUGACGGAUAGGCUGAACGGUAUUCUUGGUGUUAUGAAUGUCUUGAUUCAUCAUGGCCACAUCGAUUUUUUUCAUGGGCUACCACGGCCAUUAUUGGAAGCUGCUAUGUUAUGGAGGCCACAGCAAAACCUCACGCGUGUACCAGACGAUAAUCGAACUGGUAGACCAUAUUGGCCAAGCUGGUCCUGGGCUGGCUGGACUGGUGGCAUAGGGUACGACCUCAAAGAUGAUUAUAAUGGCCAUGAACCCCUAACGAACGGCCCUGAUCGCACGCGAACGACUACAAGAUUAAGUCUUUGCUACCGUGAUCGAUUAAAUCCAGAUCCCAUAUCUGAUACAACUAGCCUGAGCAAUGCUGGUGCCUCGGCUUCAGUUGAUGGUCUGCACAUAAGAACCAAGGUCGCCAAGUUCAGGCUGACGCUCUUUGGCCGGAGUGGACAGAGCGAUGAUCCGCCUGAUCUGUGCCACUUUAGAAUAUCUUGUGCAGCGUCUGGCCCAUCCAGACCGGUGACGCCUGGUUCAACCGGCGGAGACGAUGAGCCCUGGCUGGGGUCGAUACGGUUGCCGAUAAGUUCUCGUUGCACGUUAAACGCAGAGUACGAGUUCAUCAUCCUGUCGGAGGCCUACAACUUCUCGAGCGAUGAAAUCGGACGCCAGGCUUCGUGUUGUAUAGAGCCCUGGUCGAUUGUGAACGUCAUGCUCAUAACGCGAAUGACGAGAACUGCAGAUGAGGCAGAGCGGUGGAGAGUUAUUGAUGAUUCCUGUAAAAUACCUCCUGUCGCUUGUGAAGUCGAAAGAAUAGGGGUGGGGCGGAUGUUGAAAGAUGCCUGGUCAACAGUAGAGUCAUUCAAGGACUUUAUCUUGGUCUGA